CCGCCAUCCCGCUCUGUCGCACAGAGGCGCGCAAAAAUUCACCACUCAAGCAGCUAUAAAUAGCUGGAGUAUUGCGUCGUGGCAGCAGUUCGAUUCGAAUAUCCGAAGCAGUAACAAAUCGUCGCCAAUCGUCGACUACAGAGCAAGUGUUCCACAAAACCAGAUCUCUUCAAGUAAAAAGCUAUUACAAGGAAAAUUAAGCAACAAUAUGGCAAAUCUUCCACUGCUGCUGAGCCUCGCCGAUGACCUGAACCGGAUGAUGGUGGUGCCCUUCUACGAUGCACCCUACUAUUGCCGGCGGCAGCAGCGUAACCCUUACCUGGCAUUGACCGGAAUGCCCCUGGACCAAAUGCACCAGCUGGAGAAACAGGGUGCCGGACUAGUGUCAAACGUGGGCAAGGACGGAUUCCAAGUGUGCAUGGAUGUGGCCCAGUUCAAGCCGAGUGAACUCAAUGUCAAAGUGGUGGAAAAUUCCAUCGUUGUCGAGGGCAAGCACGAGGAACGGGAGGAUGAUCACGGCUUCAUCACACGCCACUUUGUCCGGCGCUAUGCUCUGCCCGAGGGCUAUGAGGCCGAGAAAGUCGCCUCGACACUAUCCUCCGAUGGAGUGCUUACCGUCAGUGUGCCAAAGCCGGCGGCCAUCGAGGAUAAGAGCAGUGAACGCGUCGUUCAAAUCCAACAAGUUGGCCCAGCCCAUCUCAAUGUCAAGGAUAAUGCCAAGGAGCAACUGGAGCAGGGCGAUGACAAGUGAACAUAAUUUAUUCAUUUGUAGUGUGCAGAAUACAUACAAACAUUUAUUGUUAAUCAAUUAUCAAAGUCAAUGUCUGUUUUCAUCAAAUUUAUAAAUAUAUUCUUCAAUUAAGCAUUCAUAUAAAAAUAAGCAUUUAAUAGUAUUACAGUAUUUUAAUUUGCAUUGCAAUUACGUGCCGGAAGAAAUAAAUAACGAAAACAAA